UAUACCAACUGUGUCAAUGUUUGUUUAGCUGCACUCAUGGCAGACAGACAAUCUCCGAAUUCGUUUUUUGGAAAAACGGAACAGUAGUAAAUUGAACUCAGAGCAGUGAAAAUGUUUCGACUCAGUAUCGUUUUUUUGGUAGUCUGCAUUAUUUCAGUUAAUGGGGACUACUACUCGGCUAUAAGUGAGCUGGAACGACUGCUUGACGUGGAGGCUUUCAUAGUAGAAAAGUUCGAUCAAUAUCUUGAACAAGCUCAGAAAGAUCAGGAAAAUAUAAAAAAAUUUUUAAAACAGGUUGAGGAUCUGCAAAUUGAUCGUGGCGAUCUCGAGGACUACUUCGGCAAUCCCCUAAACGCCUUCAAAACCAUUAGACGUCUAGUUCAUGACUGGAAGUUUAAUGUAUUUGAUCCUGUAUUUGACACAAGUAACUUCGAGGCCUACAAGACUUCGCUUGGCGAUUCCCUUGAUAAGAUCAAGUUUAAAGGACCCAAUCAGGAGGAUCUCCAUGGAGCCACUCGGGGUCUUCUACGACUGCAGAAUAUCUACAAUUUACCCACGAAUCGUUUGGCUAAUGGAGUUCUUCUUCCGGAGGAGAAAAACCAACUGGGAACUUCACUUAGUGCCAGCGAUUGCUUUGAACUGGGAAAGAAUCUUUGUGAGAUUAAGGAGUACUCUUAUGGCUCUGAGUGGUUACUGGAGGCUAGAAAAAGAAUGCAUGGCCAGCCCCUGGGCUUUAUCUCACCCAAUGUGAGCGAUGUGCAGAUUCUGGAGCACCUUUCACCCGCCUUCAAUGGAUUGGGCAACCUAAAACUGGCUCACAAGCUCAACAAUGAAAUCCUGGAUAAGGAGUCUGGUCACGAGGAAGCUCUUAAAAAUAAGAUUGUGUAUGAAGGCCAAUUGGCAAAGGAGCGAAGUCUUAGUCCUAGGAAAGUGAACUUGCCUCAGUUAACAGAAAGAGAGAAAAAGGAGAGCUUCCAGCUAUAUAAACGGGUCUGCCAAGGAGAACUCCGCCAAUCUCCUCGCGAGCAGCGGAAUCUUAAGUGCUCGCUUAGCCACCAGGGAGUUCCUUACUACCGUCUUUCACCUUUCAAAGUAGAACAACUUAAUCUGGAUCCCUAUGUGGCAUAUGUUCAUGAAGUUUUAAGGGACAGCGAAAUGGAACUAAUCAUGGAGAAGGGCAAGGGUCAUAUGGAGCGUUCGAAAGUGGGUCAGUCUGUGAACUCCACCACAUCCGAAAUUCGCACAAGUCAAAACACCUGGCUGUGGUACGAUGCGAAUCCUUGGCUUUCCCAGAUCAAACAGCGUCUGGAGGAUGUCACCGGAUUAAGCACGGAAACUGCGGAGCCACUGCAGCUGGUAAACUAUGGGAUUGGAGGGCAGUACGAGCCGCAUUAUGACUUCAUGGAGGACGAUGGUCACGCUGUCUUCGGUUGGAAGGGUAACCGCCUCUUGACCGCCCUUUUCUAUCUGAAUGAUGUUUCUCUAGGAGGAGCCACCGCCUUCCCAUACCUUCGCCUGGCGGUUCCCCCUGUGAAAGGCAGUCUCCUGAUCUGGUACAAUCUACAUCGCUCCAUGCACAAGGACUUUAGAACAAAGCAUGCCGGUUGUCCUGUUCUCAAGGGAUCCAAGUGGAUAUGCAAUGAGUGGUUUCAUGUGGGUGCCCAGGAGUUUAGGCGACCCUGUGGACUUAAAAGCGAUGAAGGAAAGUUUCUGGACUUGGAGCACAAAUGAGUCUUAUAUUAAGUAAAUAAAUAUGCUGUUUAUUAAAAAGUCAUUUAAAAUAUAUACUGAUUUGUGUAAUUCACCACAUUAGUUACAUACAGACACAACAUUUAAUAAAAUGACUAAAAACUAAA